UAUAUAUCCUCAUAUAUCUUCCUAUAUUAAUCUCUACAUAAUUUUGUAUCUUCUUUUUUCUUCAGCACACAAAUCACAUAAUAUUACACAUCUAAUAUAUAAAUAUGUUGGACUUUGUUAGGCCUAGUAAGAACAACAUGAAAUGUCCAUGCAAUCAUGUAACUUUGACCGAUGAACAACUAGCCAAAGUUAUAAUGAAAUAUGAUUCCAAUGGCGAUCGUUGCCUCAACAAAGAAGAUUUGAAAGAUUUGUUCAAGCAGCUGGGGUCCACCUCCCCGCGAUGGCGAGCAGCUCGAGCGCUGCACCAUGCCGAUAAAAAUGGUGAUGGAUAUAUCGAUAUGGGGGCGGAGUUGGAUCAACUUGUCAAGAGCUUACGGGUUCAAUCCUUGGAAACAGCCUCCAGCAGAAAUGCAAGAUAAGGCUGCGUAUAAUACACCCUUCUGAUGAAUCCCUUCUCCGAACCCUGUAAAUAGCAGAAGCUUUAGUGCACCGGGCUGCUCUAGUUUUGUUGGAGCUACUAGCAUUACAACAUGUACUAAUGGAUGGGAUGUAGUUUUAACUUUACUCCAUCAAUAGCUUAGCCUUUUCGUCAAG